CGUUACCGUUGCCGUUUUCUCUAUCUGUUGUUGGGUUGUGACCUCUGUGUGUAUCUUCCGAGUAUCAUCUUAUCAGAUCCAUUCUCAUUUUUCUCUCUCUCUAUCACUUGCUUCACUCCCCGAUUGAUCCGGAUACUUUCGUCGACCUUCACAUUCAUUGAGGGUUAUUUAAAUUUGUUUGCCAACGUGGUGGACAACUUCACCCAUGGUGUGGCAAUCGGAGGAAGUUAUCUCGUCUCCUUACGGCUCGGUAUCUUAACCACAAUAUGCAUUUUGGUCCAUGAAGUACCGCACGAGAUGGGCGACUUUGUUAUUCUAUUACGUAACGGAUUCACUCGGUGGCAAGCUGCUAAAGCGCAGUUCAAUCGCUUGUUGUUUGUUUUGCUGACAGAGUUGAUUCUAAGAGUGCUGGUUUGA